GAGAGAAGUUAUCAGACAUGGAGAACUGUCCAGCUCCAGUUAACUCCAGUUGACUAAUUAAAAAAAUAAUUGGAACUUUUUACAACUAAUAUUUGACACUGACAAAUUACAAUUAUUAUUCAGCAAUUUAUGUUGUAGGUUUAAAAAAAAAACAACUUUAAUUGUGAAUAACAUUGACAGUAAUAUUUUAAUAACACAAUUAGCAAGUACAACAACAACAAAAGCUAAAAAGUUAUUAAUUUUGAUAUUAAAAUGAAUUUAACAAGUGAAGUAACACUUCAUAAAAUUGUUUCAAAUAAUGAAAAUUCAUCACCAAAUAAAACAGAUAUAUUACCAAUAAUAAUAUCAGGAUCAUCAAGAACAAUAACAUUGGCUGAUUUUCAAAAUGACCUAAAGCCUGAACAACCUGAACUAUCGACAGCUGAUGAAGAAAAAAAAGAUGAAGUUAAAAGUAAAAAAGAUAUGUUAAAAGCUAAACGUGAAGCUGAUAAAUUAUCUGAAGAACAAUAUAAAUCAGAACAACGUGAACAAGCAUACAAACGUUUAAUGCAUUUAUUAACAAAAAGUAAAUUUUAUUCAUCAUUUUUAUGUGAUAAAAUAAAUGGUAAUGAUACAUCAAAACCCAGUGAAAAAAGAAAAACUAAAGAUUCAUUAAAAAAACAACAGCCAGCAUUAAAAAAACAAGCUAAAAAUAAUAAAUUUGAUGAUAUUUUAUCACCACAAGCUCGAGAAAGAUUAAAAAAUAAAAUAAAUUUAAAUGAAAAACAAAUUGAAGCUGAAUUAAUAAUAUUAUCAUCAGAUGAUUCAGAUGACGAUGAUGAAAAAGUAUCAACAAAUUACAAAAAGCCAAAAUAUCUUGAAGCAGAAUUACGUGAUUAUCAAGUGAUUGGAUUAAAAUGGUUAACAGCAUUACACGAAAAUGGCAUGAGUGGAAUAUUAGCUGAUGAAAUGGGUCUUGGUAAAACAAUUCAAACAAUAUCAUUAAUUUGUUAUUUAACUGAAAAACAUAUACCAGGUCCUUAUUUAAUAAUUUGUCCACUAUCAACACUACCAAAUUGGCAAAAUGAAUUUAAAAAAUUUGCUCCAAAAAUACCAGUUGUAACGCUACAUGGUAAUCACAUGAAUCGUGAACAACAAAAACGUCAAAUAAACAAACAAUAUAUUAUUGAUAAUUAUUUUAAGACAUAUCCAGUUGUCUUGACAACAUAUGAAACAUCAUUUUUUGAAAAAUCACAUAUUAUUAAAAAUAAAUGGCGUUAUAUUAUCAUUGAUGAAGGACAACGUUUAAAAAAUAAAAAUAGUUCAUUAUUUAAAAUGUUGAGACAAUGUAAAUCAAUACAUCGUUUGUUACUAACUGGUACACCAUUACAAAAUGAUCUAUCAGAAUUAUGGUCAUUGCUUAAUUUUUUAAUGCCAGAUGUAUUUAAUGAUCUUGAUAUAUUUGAAUCAUGGUUUGAUAUUAAAGAUUUACUACAUGACAAAGGUAAAGAAAAAUUUCUAAAACAAGAAAAAGAUAAAAAUAUAAUAACACAUUUACGUGAAAUAUUAAAACCAUUUAUGUUGAGGAGAUUAAAGUCUGAUGUUUGUCCUGAUAUACCAUUGAAAAAAGAGGUUGUUAUAUAUGCACCAAUGACUGAUAUUCAACGUGAAUUAUAUACUGCCAUGUUGAAUCGUGAUAUUCAUUCAGCUAGUAAAUUUAAUAAGCCAGCUGUUAAUGAUGGAUUGAUGGAAAAUAAUCAAACAUCAACACGUACGAGUGUAAUGAAUAAAUAUUGUUUAAAUUACAAUGAUGUUUGUGAUGGUUUAAAUAAAAAAUCAGCUGUUAAUUUAUCUUCUACUAGUCAUGGAAAAUUAGGUGUUAAUAAAAAUAGUAAUAGAAGAUCAACACGUUCAUCACCAGCACUUGUUGAUGAAGAUACAAGAAGUGAGCUGGAAAAAAUAUGGGGUGAACAUGUUAAAAUAACUAAUAAAAAUCGUGAUUAUUUGUUGAAUAUAAAUUCACAUCGUGCUGUUAUGUAUAAAAUGAUUGUCAAUCAUCCAUAUAUUAUAAAUCAUCCAAAAAAUAAUGCUGGUGAGCCAUUGAUUGAUGAAAAUUUAAUAAAAUCAUCUGGUAAAUUUUUAGUUCUUGAUGCAAUGUUAAAAAAAUUAUAUGAACAAGGACAUAAAGUAUUAAUAUUUUCAACUUGGAUACAAAUAUUAGAUUAUAUUGAAGAUUAUUUAGAAAUGAGACCAUGGAAAUGGACACGUCUUGAUGGAAAAUUUAAAACAGAAGAUCGACAACAUAAUAUUGAUUUAUUUAAUAAUGAUCCAAGUGUAUUUUUAUUUUUAAUAACAACAAGAGCUGGUGGUGUUGGUCUUAAUUUAAUGGGUGCUGAUACUGUUAUAAUAUUUGACAGUGAUUGGAAUCCACAAGCAGAUAUUCAAGCUAUGGCAAGAUGUCAUAGAAUUGGUCAAAAAAAUCCUGUUAUGAUUUAUAAACUUUGUACAAAAGGAUCAUAUGAUGAAUUAAUUGUUAAUCGUGGUGUUGCUAAAAGAAAACUUGAAAAACUUGUUAUAUCAAAAGAACUUAAUUUAGCUGGUAGUACUGACAAUGAUUCUUUGAUGGUCAUGAAAGAAUUACUUAAAGAAACUGAACAUGAAAUUUUUAAUUCAAAAAAAGGAAUAUUUAACAAUGAAGAAUUGGAAAAAUUAUUAGAUCGUAGUGAUUUAAUCAAUCAAAUUAAAAAAAAUUCUGAAAAACUUAACGAAUAAAUUUAGCUAAAUUAAAUAAAAUAUACCAUGUGAUUAUUAUUUUCAUUUAUUUUAUAAUUUAUAAUAAAAUAUACAUAAAAA